AUGGACUAUUAUAACUCACGUUACCAAGAUCAACAAAACGCAGAGCAGCAAGAAGAGGACGACACAAUUUCUCUCGCUGAUUUCCCCAUGGCUCCUGACCAACAAGACCACUCGUCACCACCGGAGAAAAUCGAUGUUUUCGAGUUUUCGACCCCGAAUAGCACCAUGUGCCAUGCAGAAGAUAUCAUCAACUGCGGCAAGCUCAUACUUUUCAAAGAGCAAGAUCAGUCUCCCUCUUUAAAUUUGCCUCAGUGGCACAAAAGUCCUGUUAUGCAUGAUCAUGCCUCGGAAAGCUUAUAUAAUCGACGAAGGCGUUCGGAGUCAUUGACAGAGCUCAAGAUCAGUGCAUGCCGAUCCAACAGCACGAAUAGUAUGAGAGGUAUUAACAUGAGGACCAGCCGGUCUCUUGAUUAUCAGAAACUGAGCAGGAACUCGAGUCUGAGCUCUGAUUCACCGGAUUAUCGAAACAAUAGCAGAGGUUCUUCGAGGUUUGAUGCGAGUGCUGUUAAGGUGCCGAAACCUAGGUGGUAUAUUUUUAUGUUCGGCAGUGUGAAGUUUCCCCCCGAAAUAAAUCUUCAAGAUAUCAAGAGCCGACAGCUUCAUCGUACCACGUCCAAGUCUCUUUUUCCGAGUUUCGAGGUUGUCAAGAAACCUCCAACCAAUCGGAAAAGAUCAUGGGGAGUUCUUAAAGUUUUGAGCUGCAGAGACGACGCCAGUGUCAAUGUAACCGCGCCCCUUGCUUGUGUGCCGCGAGUUUGA